GAGAGAGAAAUAUGAUUAGAAUUCUAAAUGAGACGUUUUAAUCUUUUUCUUUUCAUUUCCAGUUUCAUUGUGUGGAAGACUUGCAAACUGUCCAUGUGAUCAAAAUCUUAAAAUAUGAGAAAAAAGUGGCUAAAAUGUGUUUUAUAAUGAUAACCACGUUUCUUAUUUGCUGGAUGCCGUAUGCUGUGGUUUCACUUUUAAUAGCCUAUGGUUAUGCUCACCUUAUAACUCCAACAGUGGCUAUUAUCCCGUCUUUCUUUGCCAAAUCAAACACUGCCUACAACCCAGUUAUCUUUAUUUUCAUGAAUAGAAAGUUUCGACAGUGUCUUACGCAGCUUCUCUGUGUUCACCUCUUGAGGUUUCAGAGGAUUUUGAAAGAAAAGCCAGCAAUCAGGAAUGAAAAGCCAGUAAGGCCCAUUGUUGUGUCACAGAAGGUGAGGGACAGGCCCAAGAAGAAAGUGACAUUCAGCUCUUCCUCAGUCAUUUUCAUUAUCACCAAUGAUGAAACGCAACAGAUAGAUGACAGUUCCAAAGACAUAGGCACAAAAGGAAACAUGAUCCAAGUGAAGCCUUUAUAGCAGAUUGGCCAGAAAUUUUUCUAAGUUGGCAUCUGCUAACAAAACUGUGAGUGGCACAAUUUGCAAGAUAGUACAAUCUUAUAUGAAAUACUUUUUCUGUCUGCAUUCCUAUGAUAAUUUGCCAAGAAGGGGAGCAAUACAAACCUUAAUGCAGUAUUCUUCAGCAUAAUUAUAAUGAAUUGUACUAUCGGUGACUCAAAGCUCUGUUGUUACCACCUGAGAUUGUGACAGACACCUGAAAGAUGGAUUUUUAAACCUAUUAUUUUCUUUAUUGUCUCAAUUAACUUUCACCUCCCUAUAAGGAAUACACCAUUGUGACUUUGGUAGGCUGGUUUAUGACUCACGUAGAUGCAGGAACAUGCACAAAGUAGAGGAAACUGAUUGCUAUAGAUUGUUAAAUUGUUAAAAUCCAUCAGCAUGAGGUAAGAAAUGUGAAGCACUUGAGCAGUAUUUUCUUAAUUACACUUGUGCUUGAUGGUGAUGAUGAAUGUUUUUGCACUGUAUUCUUCAAUGUCCACAGCUACUUGUUAUAAAAGUAGAUGGUGUUGUAGAUGGAUCAACCUUCUCCAGGUUGGUAUCUUCCAGACAUGUCAGAUUAUAAUUUUCAGUAAUCCUGACCAGAAAAAUGAUAAUCCUGCUGUGGUUGAUGGGCAGCCAUGUAA